CAAAGUUGUUGGACACUUGACUAAAAUGGCAAAGGUGGAUCUGUCCAGGGUUACUCUCCGGCCAUUUAAGCUAACUGAUGUUGAUGAUUUUUUGUUAUGGGCAGGGGAUGAUCAAGUGACUAGAAAUCUACGGUGGAAGACUUGUGGUUCCAGGGAAGAAGCUUUCUUGUUCAUCAGAGAUGUGUGCAUCCCUCACCCUUGGCGCCGGUCAAUCUGCGUGGAUGAUCGUUCUAUCGGCUUUGUUUCAGUGUACCAGUGGCCUGGUGAUGAGAGGUGCAAGGCAGACAUAGGAUAUGCCAUAGCUAGCAACUACUGGGGACAAGGGAUAGCCACUCAAGCACUCAAAAUUGUUGUGCCUCAAGUCUUUAUGGAUUUUCCCAAUUUGCUGAGGUUGCAGGCUUUUACUGAUGUAGAGAACAAGGCUUCUCAGAGGGUCUUGGAGAAAGCUGGGUUUCUUAGGGAGGGUGUUCUCAGAAAAUAUACUUAUAUCAAGGGAGAUAUUAAGGAUUUGGUUGUGUUUAGCUUUUUGUCCACGGAUGAAUUUCCUUCUGUUGAUUGAUUAUGAGAGGUUUCUAAUCUGUUUGAUUUACUCUCCCAUUAAAGCAAAGCUAACAAGGAAGGUUUCUCAAAGAAUCCAAGUAAGUUGUAUUACUAUUAGUAACCACUAACCAGUAAGUGCAACCCAAAAACUAGGCUGUGAAAUUUCCAAGCCUUGCUUACUCACAAUAUUUAAAGCUAGAAAGAACCAACCAACCAUGAUAAAAGCUAAUGAUAAAUUUGACUAACAAGAUAUCAGUAACCAAUGCAUUGUGCAGCAGAAUAAUAGAGCUGAAUCUCAUGCCGAAGUUCAACCAUGUCAGAACAAGAGAAACAGGCGUAGCCUAAAAUAAAUGGAUUAUGGGGGUAUAUCAGGUACAUAAAGUAUUUGGCAGGCAACAUAGAUAAAUUACCAGAAAUUUGAACCAAGUUGUCCAGCUUUGGCCCACAUCGUUCAAAAGAUAGAUGUGAGUGUAUUGAGAAUAGUUUAAAUAAAGAGCAAGUAGCUCGUGUUAAAUACGCUUGGGUUUUGUAAAUUACCCUGCUUAACUCUGGGAAAAUUAAGUAAGAAAAGCUUGAUUUCGCCAGAGUUUGAGGAGGGUGAUUUAGACAAUUCAAUUUGAAGCCAUUGAAUAAUUAUUAAGAUUCAUUUACUUGGGUAUUGUUUGGUCCAUUUAUUUUUUACUUUUUUAGUUAAAAUUUGGCCAAACAGAAACUUUAAAAAGUUCUGUUCUAUAAUUUUAAGGAGUUUUUUUUUUAUACUAUUUUAUUAUCGUCACCUAUUUUGCCUCUAUCCUCCCACGAUUUUCCAUCCCUUUCCCUUCACUGUUUCUGGUAGAUUGCUUUCCAUGUCCGACUAGAUCUACCCUCGGUGACGACUUCGCCUCCCUCGACGACGACUUCACUCCUCCCGUUCACACCCUCAAAGCGUAAGAUGGCACGAUUAUGCGACUUUGCCUUUUUUAUAACCCAGACUUUGUAACUAUUUAUGUAACUAUGAUGGUUUUGUGAAAGAAAUUGUCAUGUUAAUGAAGAUGGGUGCUUUAUUAUGUUAAUAAAAAAAAAUCCUGAGUCUUUGUGUAGGUGAAUGAAGAUGAGAUGUUAACAAAGAAGAGUGUUUUAUUAUGUAGAAGUUUACAUGCCAACCAUUUGAUAAAAUGUUUAAACCAACAUAUGUGGGUAAAUAUGGAUUAUCUACCAAACAUUUUUUUUAUCUUAAAAGUCACAUUUAAGAUGUAAAAAUAUGAAAACCACCAAACAACUUUUUAAAGCUCUUAUUUUUAACUUUGACUUAUAAGUAAUUGUUAAGCUCUAAAAAAGUUGGGCCAAACACUACCUUAUUGUCUUUAGAUAUUAAUUUUCUUAUUAAUUUUCUUGAAGACAAUUUGUUUUUGGAAAUUAAUUUCAGUUUAAAAAAAAAUUAAUUUCUUAGGUGUGCCUCAAAUAGUGUGGUUGUUGUUAUCGAAUGAUAGCUAAAGUGGUACGAGCUGAUUGCAAAUAGGUUUGAAGGGAGUUCUGCGGAUUCUAGUCAGGCCGGUAUAUGUGUAAUUGUCUGGCCCAGCUAAAUCUUAGUUUUUUUUUUUGGAUAAACUAAAGAAUUGUAUUCAAAAUUAGCACAAGGGGUGCUAAACCCAAAUACAAAGAGAUAAAGAAAGAGAUAAAAAACAAAGCAACACAUAAAAACCCAACUAUUUUGUGCCCAACCACUAAACAUAAACUAAAACAACCCCAAACCCAACAUAACAAACCCCUCUAAAAACAACUAUUCCAGUAGCCAUGAAAACCAUGUCAGUCCCCACUCAAAAUCAAACCACUCGCAGCAGGUCCAGCACAGAGACAAAAAACAAGGAAAAAAGAACACCAACAAAACAGCUAAAUCUUAGUGUAAUUUUCUUUUCAGCGUAGGAACUAGGAUGAUAGAUUAGGAAGAUGGAAAUUAUAUUGUGAUGUUGUGACAUGUAUCAAGUUAUUUGAAGGACUGGGAAGCCAAAACAAUUGGUCAUUUGACCAACAUGGCAGCGCAACAACCAAAAUGUAAGCAAAGAUUGAGGCCCCCAAUUGAAUUGUUCGGUGGGAUCCAGUUUGGUUUCUUGCUUGAACCUGAACCAUGAAAGCUCUGCAAGUAUCAAUGGCUAAAUCAAGUUCAGGCAUAUAAAUGUUAGCUUUCAUGCCAUAAGAGAAGAACAAAGGAUGAAGGAAUUGAAACUUAGGCACUGCACCUCAGAAAAUUAGCUAGCUCAUGUUUUGAUUAAGUCUUCUUCAGAGACAAAGAUGUGAGAUGAUGAGAAGAAAGCUUCAAAGUUGCAAAAGAAAAUCUCAAUGAGUGAUAAGACUUUUCGAUGUGUGCAAUUAUGUGUUGCUAAUAUGUGUUGAUAGUUUACUUGUUAAAGCAGUUGAGUCAAUUAGUCCCACAUUGUUUAAAAGACAGAUGUGAGAUCUUUGAAGGUUGUAUAAAUAAGGAGUAACCAGUACCGUUCCAACAUACUUACCUGGAUGGGGUCUAUGAAUGAUCAUGAAGGUCCAUGGCCUAGGAUGGUGACCUCCAUUGCACAUUAGGAGGGGUGCCACCCUAAGAUCUCCCCAAGUGGGAGAGUCUACAUCAUAAUUUGUUGCAGAGGUGGCUUGCGUUCGCGUAGCCCCUGCUCAAUUCUAGUCUAAAUUUAUUUAAUUUAUAAUAAGUAUGUUAAUUUUAAUGGAAAUUACUAAAAAGUGUGUUAUGUGUUCUGAAGUUAAGCUUCACUAGGUGUCUUAAAAUAAGUCGUGACCAGCAACUUUCUAUCACCCCAAUUUUAUCAAGAUCAUUGUUGGGUUAAGUUAUAUCUCAUAGGCUUAAGUGUGAUUGGCGUAGCUGGUCUAGCAUUUGGGCCUGGUUGAUUCUUAUUGUAAAAUAUCUCAAAU